AUGUCAACUUCUGGUGACAGCAGUCACGACUCGCCUCAUACCUAUGACCCUGUCGUUCCUCACGAUAUUACCCGUGCCUCUUACCACAGUGCAAUGGGGGCCCCUACAGGCUUCACAAUGGAGACAAAGGAGACUCGAACCUUGGAGAGCAGCGGUGCCUCGAUGAAGAGCCCACGCACGGCUCGGUUUGCUGAGGCCACAACAAUCUACUCCCCCGUCGAGCGAUCCGACAAAUCUCCCUUUGCCGACACAGUUGAGCAAGCCCCUCAAGGCGUUGCUGACACCGGGUUUGGCUAUGUAUCGAAUAACAACCCCGUCCAACAUGUGGACGACUCAAUGCCCCCAAUGUCACCAUGGCGAGCCGAUCUGAAAGUUCCCAAGUCUGCCAGAACGCUGAACCCGAUGAGCCCGACUUUCCGCGAGGAAUACUUUCUCGAGAAAGGUGAGGCAACCGCGGAGAAGGAGAACGCUCGUGAUGUGCGAAUUAAGCUUCGUGUCCGCAUUGCCAAGAUCUUCCUUCGCUUCGUCAACUUUGGUUGCAGUCUGAUUGUCCUGGCAAUGUUGGCGAUGACACUAAGAACCUUCAUGGCAACAAGGGAUCUUCCAGAGCGCAACUCGUCCUUUGCAUGGAACCCCGAUACCAACCCAUGGGCGCAGUGGCUGUUGCUAGGUCUUGCCUGCUUCUCUCUUCUGGCAUGCAUGGUUGUCUUCUGGGGUUACUACAAGGGUGGUCACAAGCGCGCCGAGAAGCUUGUCGUCUACUACAGCACCAUUUCGGUCAUCUACUUCACCUUUAGUUUCGUCAUGUGGAUUGUCACUGCCGCUAUUUACGAGCACUCGAAAGCAUCCGGAGACAAAAAGGAUCUCUGGGGAUGGGCCUGCGCACAAAACACCCGUGAGCAGAUCUACUCAGAUGCUAUCGACUACGCUCUGCUUUGCCGUCUCCAGGACUGGGGCCUCGUCUGCGCCAUCAUUGAGGUCGUCAUUGAACUCCUCGUCAUUCUCAUCUACGUCGUCGUCUUCUACCGCAUCUGGUCCAAGCGCCGCCUCAUGAAGUCAAUGAACCACCGUGACCAAGCCCGCUCAGACCUCUAUCUCGCUCAGCUGCACCAUCAAACAGCCCCGAACACCCCAGGCUUCCCAGGAUUCACCUCCUACCCACCAAAGUCACCCUUCUAUGCUUCCCAAGCCUUGGCAAUGGACCCCCACUCCUCUGCCGAGAAGGGUGAAGCUGGCCCAGCUCCCCAGGUCGCGAUCGUUGCCCCACAGUACGCAUCCCAGCGCUCUCCCACCUUCCCGACAGCAUCAUUCCAGCUCCAAGCCCCUCCCAUUCGCGUCCAGCAACCAACCCCACGCACCGGCCAGGAGGAGUUUGGUGGGCCUCAUGCCCAGUCCCCAUCUCCCCCACCGGCUCAUGAGCAUAUGCAUGCCGCACCUGGAGAACAGAGUUACGGCUCUGUACCAAUUCCAGGAGCCUACUAG